UUAAGAAUGGAAUAACUGUAAUUAUAUGUGCGCAUGCGCACAACUUGCGCUGUCAAAAAAAUUCGUUAACCCUCCACUUUUCGACGCAGCGGCCAAAAUCAUGUCUGGAAUUGCUUCUGCUAGAUUGGCAGAGGAAAGAAAAGCGUGGAGGAAAGAACAUCCAUUUGGUUUCGUCGCUCGCCCAUCGAAGAAUCCGGAUGGGACACUGAAUCUGAUGAACUGGGAGUGCUCGAUACCUGGCAAGAAAGGGACUCCGUGGGAGGGUGGCAACUACAAACUUCGUAUGAUUUUCAAAGACGAUUAUCCCAGCAGUCCUCCGAAGUGCAAAUUUGAACCGCCCCUCUUCCAUCCGAACGUAUAUCCUUCUGGUACUGUAUGCUUAUCGUUGCUAGACGAGGAGAAAGAUUGGCGUCCUGCUAUUACAAUUAAACAAAUCCUGCUCGGUAUUCAGGACUUAUUAAACGAACCUAACGUCAAGGAUCCCGCACAAGCUGAGGCUUACACUAUCUACUGUCAAAAUCGGUUGGAGUAUGAGAAACGCGUUCGUGCCCAAGCACGUGCCAUGGGUCAACCUGAUCUCGGUUAAAUAAUUUUUGGUCAAUUUGGUGGCGCAGGUUUUAGAUAUUACUCUUAACAAACAUUGAUUGGUCCGUGUACUACAUUGUAAUAGUUUUAAGUUAUCUUUCUUUAAUUAAAUUAUAUGUAUCUAGUAGGGUAUUUCCUUGUCACAUCUUUAUAAUAAACGUUCUUAAUUGUA